UUGUCGUCUAAACACAACACCCAACAGCCAUUCGCUCCUCCUCUUGUCUUCCUCCUCCUCCUCCUCCGUCUCAUUAUUUAUUUAUAACAUCAUCAAACGUUACUCUUUCUGUUUAUUGAGUAAGAGGCUGCUGCUGCUGGGUUUUCUAAAUUGGUACAAAGUACUAGACAGGCGACAUAGCUGUUGUAUUCUCACAAGACAAGUCAGAAGAAUUGGAUAGAAGAAGACAAUUGUGACGUGUUUGGUCAUAAGUACGGAGAGAUAUGAGGACACCGGAGAAACCAAUAAUAAUGUCGGCUUCCAUUCACUCAGCUCCAACUCCAACUCCAAGACGGAGGAGCUUAAGCAGUAGCAGCAGCAGCAAUAAAAGUUGCACCACCACCUCCACCGACCCCUCCACCAUGAAACCCAAAUGGCUUUUGUCCAUCCUUGCUGAUGUGGAAGAGAAGAUGAAGAUGUUGGGAUGUAGCAGAGCCACAGCUCAACAAGAGAUUGGGGACACCUUCGCUGAACGAGCUGAAGCUUACUACAAAAGACGUCCUCAGCUCCUCUCCCUGCUUCGAGACUUGUACAAUUCCUACCUCACCUUAUCUGACCGUUACAUUCAAACUGUCGCCAAGACUCAGCAUCACCGUCCACCCUCUUCCCAAAUCUCAGUAAUAGAUAAUGACUACUAUGACUAUGACGACCAAGAAGAAGAAGAAGAUGAUGCUUACACAAGCCACAUUGAUUCGGACGUAGAGAGUUCCCUCUCCUAUCAGCAAUUGCCUCCAACAUUACUACUCGCUGCUUCUGUUGCUACUCAACAUGAUGAGACCAUGUUGUUUGAUUUAGAUUCCAUCGUUACGGAGAUUGUGGUGAAGAAUGUCGAAUAUGAUAUCUUACUUGAUGAGGCCAACAUGACGGAGAGGCGAUACAAGGAUGCAUCCAGGAAGAUAGAGCUGCAGAAGAGCUUGCUAGAGGUGUUGGAGUCUGAGAGGCUCAUCUUGCUCAAUGAGAAUGCCAAGUUGGGGUAUAAAGUGGGUGCCUUGGUGGAAGAGAACAAAGCCCUUGCGUCCGAGUCUCUCUUCAUCAGGAGGAAGGCUGGCGAGCUAGCUCGCUGUUUGCUCAAGACGAGGGAAGACCAGAGGGUGUGCAUGCUUAGCCGUAAAAUCGAGGACCUUCAGGGACAGAUUUAUGGCUUGGAGAAGAGGAACAAGGACUACUAUGAGCAACUUGUGAAGAGAGACCAACGAUCCUUUCAACUUGUACAAGAAGAAGAAGAGAGUUGCAACAUCAACAAGAGCAAGAUAAAUGGUAAUCAGGUGAAUUUGGAGGUUUGCUUUCAGAUACGGAAGAUUAAUCGGAGGCUGAUAAAGAGAGGUAAUAGUAAUGGUAGUGGGAAGGAGAUUGGCGUCGGAAAGGAGAAGAAGGGUUCUUCUUCCAGUUUGUGGGAAAGGGUCAAGAACAUGGAUUUGUUUCUAUGUGGAGGUAAUCAAAACUCUACGUAACUUAAUGGUUGUAACCUAUGGACUUCACUCUAUGGUCAUUCUAGUAGUACUAGCAGCUCAAAACUCAGAUACUACAAUCUUAUGGCGACACUUGGUACCCUAAUAUAUAUAUAUAUAUAUAUAUGUCUAUAUGUUAAUUAAGUUCAUCAUCCAAAUCCAAAAGACUCUUAUGAGAUGA